AUGCAGGGCUCUCCGAAAGUGCGUUCACCAGCACAGCAACCGCGCGCGCAGCGCACGGUCUACCCUGUGCCCGAACUGCAACCCGUUCUCCCCGGACCGCCAACCUCGACCGACUACGCCUCCUUCGCCUCGCCUUCGAACGUGCUCUGCAUCGACAACGGCGCAACUAAUUUGCGGGCAGGCUGGGCCGCCGAGCGGGAUCCGCGAAUUAUGGUGGAGAACGUCGCGUCGAAGUACAGGGACAGGAAGUUCAACCAGCCCGUCGUGCUCGCCGGCGGGGAGGUGUACGUCGAUGCGACGAGCAGGGCACACGUGCGGACACCUUUCGAGGGCGAUACGGUCUGCAAUUUCGACGUCAUGGAGAACAUGCUCGACUACGUGAUGCUCAAGCUGGGCGUGGACACGGAGACCCUGCAGAACCCGGUCGCCAUGACCGAGACCCUUUGCAAUCCCGCCUACUCUCGCUCGCUGAUGACUGAGCUCCUCUUCGAGUCCUACUCUGCGCCCGCCGUCUCCUACGGCGUCGACUCGCUUCUCUCCCUUUACGCCAACUCGCCGAACCCGCCUAUCGCCGAUGCCCUCGUCAUCUCUAGUUCGACAGCAAGUACACACGUAAUCCCGGUGCUCGGCGGACGAGGUAUCCUGACAAGCGCGAAGAAGCUCAAUUGGGGCGGCGCGCAGUCGGCCGAGUAUCUGCUCAAGCUCAUGCAGCUCAAGUACCCCGCUUUCCCAGGUCGCCUCACAAGCUACCAGUCCAGCAUCAUCUACCGCGAGCAUUGCUACCACGCUCUCCCAUCCUACGCAUCCGUCCUCGCCGACCUCGCCGCCUCCCCUCACAACCUCGUCGCGCAAGACCGCAUCAUCCAGUUCCCCUUCAUCCCCACAACGGCGAACGAGCAGACUGAGGAAGACCUCGAGCGGCAGAAGAGGAAGAGGGAGGAGGCGACGCAGAGGUUGAGGGAGACGGCGGCGAAACAACGGCAGGAGAAGCUUGAGCGACAGCAGGAGGAGAUGAUUGCCUUCACCGAGCUCCGCGACGCCCGCACUACGACGUCCAAACCAGACUACGAGCGCCGGUUGAAGGAUGCAGGGUUCUCGUCGACUUCGGACCUUGAGGAGUACUUGAAGAAGCUGGACAAGAGUUUGACACGCGCGCGGAAUAAAGAGCUCGGCAUCGAGGAGCAGGAGAACAAGGAAGCGCCCUCGUUCCCGCUCAUCGACGUCCCGGACCACCAGCUGAACGAGGAGGACCUCAAGGAGAAGCGGCGGCAGAAGCUGAUGAAGGCUGGUUACGAUGCGCGGAUCCGCUUGAAGGCUGAGAAGGAGGAAGAGCGGCGGCGAGUCGAGGAGGAGCGGAGACGAGACGAGGAGCUGAGGACGAACGACUUUCCGAGGUGGCUCGAGGGGCUAAGGAAGCAGCAUGAGGACAUCCUCGAGAAGAUCAAGGAGCGCAAGAAGCUGAAGGAGCAGCUCGCCGACCGCAAGUCCCUUGCCGCGCAGAACCGCAUGAAGUCAAUCGCCGGCCUCGCAGCGGACGAGAAGGCGGGCAAAAAGCGCAAGCGGAACGACCAGGACGACGGUUUCGGUCGCAGCGACGCAGACUGGGCUAUCUACCGCGAGAUCGGCACCGGAGACGACUCGGAGGACGAGGAAGACGAGCAAGACGCGCUGAAGACGGUCGAAGCCCGCUUGCUCGAGCACGACCCGAACUUUACGCUCGACGACACGGCUCAGCGACAAGCGAUGCGCAAGAACCAGCUCAUAAACGCUUUUGUUCACGGUCUCGCGCCGGACGAUCCGCUCGAUACGUACGAUCCGGAGAACGUUGAGCACACCUCCCAGCUGCAUGUCAACGUCGAGCGAGUGCGGGUGCCCGAGGUCAUUUGGCAACCGCACAUGGCGGGAUUGGACCAGGCGGGCCUCACGGAGGUCGUCGAGCACGUCCUCAAGGGAUUCUCGGAGGGCGAGCGGCGGCGAUUGACGCAGAACAUCUUCGUCACCGGCGGCAACACGCUUGUGCCCAACUUUGACGCCCGCCUCCGCCUCUCCCUCCAGCCUUCGCUUCCGGUCGGCCAUCCACUCAACAUCGUCCGCCCGUACGACAUCCAUCUCGACGCAUGGCGCGGAUUGUCGAAGUGGUCGGCGUCGAAUUUGGGGAGGAAGGCUUUUGUGACGAGGGCCGAGUACGACGAGAAGGGUGCGGACUGGUUCAAGGGGCACGAAUGGGGGAAUGUCUAG